AUGAAUUUUCAGCACGGAGCGGACUCUAAUCCCGGUGAUAGCCCGAAUAAUAUUGCUGUCCCAGAUCUUGAUGAAAUGGCUGAAAAGGACAAGGCGAAGGAGGAAUUUCCAAAACAAUUUGAGGAGAAAUGGAAAUGGAUAAAAGAGAAGUUUAGGGUGAGAGAAAGCAUCGAAAGCUAUCAUGGAAUAGAUGCAAAAGAUCUGAGCUUGGUUCCGGAGUUGGUGCUACCUUACAAAUUUAAAAUGCCGGAAUUUGAGAAAUACAACGGGACCAGUUGCCCAGCAGCCCACAUUACUAUGUUUUGCAGAAGAAUGACGGGGUAUAUUAAUAAUGAUCAAUUAUUAAUACAUUGCUUUCAGGAAAGUCUUAUAGGAGCGGCGUCAAAGUGGUACAAUCAGCUGAGCCGAACCAAAAUUGCUACAUGGAGGGAUUUAGCACAGGCUUUCAUGAGACAGUACAAUCAUGUCUCAGAAAUAAUGCCUGAUAGGAUAACUCUGCAGAAUUUAGAGAAGAAAUCGAACGAAAGCUUCAGACAGUAUGCGCAGAGAUGGAGAGAGGUGGCAGUUCAUGUGCAACCACCGCUAUUAGAAAAAGAGAUGACGACGCUUUUUAUUAAUACAUUGAAAGCUCCGUUCAUAACUCACAUGUUAGGAAGCGCUUCAAGGAAUUUCUCGGAUAUAAUCGUGAAUGGUGAAAUGAUCGAGCAUGCUAUCAAAAGUGGAAGAAUAGAUGGAGGGGAGAAUAAUAGGAGGGCAGCCCCGAGGAAAAGAGAAAAUGAAGUGAAUAAUGUGAAUGCCUAUGGUAGGUCAAUUACCGUGAAUCAACCACAGAAAGUGGCUGCUAAUCAACAGGGAUCAUCAAAACAAGAGUCGAGAGUUAGGCAAACUACUGAAAAGCCCCAAUUCACGCCAAUCCCAAUGUCAUACAGGGAGUUGUAUCAGACUUUAUUUAAUGCACAUGUUGUUGCCCCACGUUACUUGAGUCCUCUACAACCCCCGUAUCCAAAAUGGUAUGACCCGAACGCACAAUCUUUCAAGAGGGUAGUGGAAGGACUUAUCAAAUUGGGUGUUGUCAAACUUGACGACUCACCUAACGCAGAAAAUCCGUUACCUAAUCACGCUGAUAAGGGGGUGAAUAUGGUGAGUGAAGGUAUGAGAGGAGAAGCCAAGAUUGAUAUUGCCGAAGUAAAAACUCCAUUGAAAUUGGUCUGGAAAGAGAUGGCAAAGAGAGGUUUAGUUACUUCAGAUUUUAGGGAGGGGGCUUUGGUUCAAAGCAUGAUGGAUAACAAGGAGAUGAGGUUUUAUGAAGAUACGGAGGAAAGAAGGAACAUAUGCGCAACAGAGUUAGGAACAGGGACUCCGAAAACAAAUCAUCUUGUGGUCAUUAUCUCACGCCCUAAGGGUAAUGAGGCUAGGGCUCAAGUAACACCGAAAAUUGUAAUUCAGAAACCAUCAAAUUUCUUAUAUAAGGAUAGCAAAAUGGUGCCGUGGAAGUAUGGGUGCAAUGUGACCAUCCUGGGAAAAGAAGCGGAAAAAAAUCAGGAAAUAGGUUCUUACAUGCGCAAUGGGAAACGAUAUGACACUCAAGCAGAGUCGUCCAGGGAAGAGAAUUGGUAG